AUGUGUAGUGGACAUAGUAGAAAUGCAUAUAGCAUGCACUUACAUGACAGUGCACCAUCUUCAGGAAAUGAAGAUCAACUAUUAUAUUCUCAACAAGGAGGAAUUCCCAUCCCAAUUGAUACAUCCAUUUCCAAUACUGACAAUAACAAGGAUGAUAGUCCUGACGAUGAUGAUAUUCAUGCAUUAUCUCAUUCAAUUCAUUUCUCUCCUGCUGAAGAUAAAUCCAUGAAAGAACAUGAUUUAAAAGUUCAAACUUUUGAUGCUUUACAACAUGGUAUUGGUCAAACUGCUGGUAUGGACAAUUCUAAUCCAUUUAUUGGUGGGUCUCCAAAACUAAGUAGAAGAGGGUCUGUUAUUGGUAUGCCCCAUCAAAUGGCUCAUUCAUUCUUACAUCAAAUUCCUGGAUCUGGUGGAACUGGUGGUGUUGAUUCAACUAGUGAAAUUGGUGGAAUUCCAACGUCUUCAAAAGAUUCCACAAUUCCUGAAAAUACGGCUGCAAUUUCAGAAAUUGAAAAUCCUUCCGAUGAUUUAAUUGAAUUUUAUACAAAUGUCAAGACUUGUUUAGAUUUAAGACAUAAAUAUUUACAACUUUCAAUUCAAAAAGAUGAAAUGCAAAACCCUAAGAAUCAAGAUGAUUGGAUAAUUUAUCCUCCACCUCCAAAACCAACUUAUAAAUCUAAAAAUAAAUUUAAUCAACUUCCUCCAGAAGGUCCAAUUGAAGAAGAAGAGAAAUUUGAUUUUGAAAAAUGUGUAAUCCCCGAGAUUGAUAAUCGUAAUUAUUAUUUUGCCCUUAAUGAUGAAGAUGUUUAUCAAGUUUAUGAUAAAAAUAAUGAUCAACCAAUUAUUAAAGUACCAAGUUUACAUGAUUUUUAUUCGGAUUUGAAUAAAAUAACUAAAAUUUCUUCGGAUGGUCCUACCAAAUCAUUUGCAUUUAAUCGAUUACAAUACCUUGAUGCAAAAUGGAAUAUGUAUUAUCUUUUAAAUGAAUUUGAAGAAAGUAAACAAUCCAAAAGAAAUCCUCAUCGUGAUUUUUAUAAUGUUCGUAAAGUUGAUACCCAUAUUCAUCAUUCUGCUUGUAUGAAUCAAAAACAUUUAUUAAGAUAUAUUAAAUAUAAAUUAAAAACAACUGCCGAUGAAGAAGUCAUUUUUAGAGAUGGGAAAGUAUUAACUUUAACUGAAGUAUUUGAAUCUUUAAAAUUAACUGCAUAUGAUUUAUCUAUUGAUACUUUAGAUAUGCAUGCUCAUACUGAUUCAUUCCAUAGAUUUGAUAAAUUUAAUUUAAAAUAUAAUCCAAUUGGAGAAUCAAGAUUAAGAGAAAUCUUUUUAAAAACUGAUAAUUUUAUCCAGGGGAAAUAUUUAGCUGAAUUAACUGGUCAAGUAUUUGAUGAUUUAGAAUCAUCGAAAUAUCAAAUGGUUGAAUUAAGAAUCUCAAUCUAUGGAAGAUCUUUAGAUGAAUGGGAUAAAUUAGCCGCAUGGAUAGUUGAUAAUAAAUUAUUUAGUCAUAAUGUAAGAUGGUUAAUUCAAAUCCCAAGAUUAUAUGAUUUAUAUAAAAAAAAUAGAAAUGUUAAAUCAUAUCUUGAUAUUAUGAAAAAUGUAUUUGAACCAUUAUUUGAAGUUUCAAUGAAUCCAAAGUCUCAUCCUAAAUUACAUGUAUUUUUACAAAGAGUUAUUGGAUUUGAUUCAGUUGAUGAUGAAUCAAAACCAGAAAAACCUUUACAUGCUAGAAAAUACCCACCGGCUGGUGAUUGGGAUUCAGUGGUUAAUCCUCCAUAUUCAUAUUAUUUGUAUUAUCUUUAUGCCAACAUUACCACAUUGAAUAAUUUAAGACUUAAGCAUAAAUUCAAUACAUUUGUAUUAAGACCUCAUUGUGGUGAAGCAGGAGAUCCAGAACAUUUAAUCAGUGCAUUCUUAACAUCAUAUGGAAUUUCUCAUGGGAUCUUAUUAAGAAAAUUACCAUAUAUCCAAUACUUAUACUAUUUGGAUCAAAUUGGUAUUGCCAUGUCUCCACUUUCAAACAAUGCAUUAUUUUUAACCUAUGAUAAAAAUCCAUUCUAUAAUUUCUUCAAAAAAGGAUUAAACGUUUCAUUAUCCACUGAUGAUCCAUUACAAUUCUCAUAUACCAAAGAACCAUUAAUUGAAGAAUAUAGUGUUGCAGCCCAGAUUUAUAAAUUAUCAAGUGUGGAUAUGUGUGAAUUAGCCAAGAAUUCAUGUUUACAAUCAGGUUGGGAAGCUGGGAUUAAGAAACAUUGGUUGGGGAAAGAAUAUAUGAAGGGUGGAGUUGCCGGGAAUAAUAUUGAAAAGAAUAAUGUUCCAGAUAUCAGAGUCAAUUAUAGACAAGAAACUUUAUGGAGUGAAUUGAAUUUAAUGAAUCUGUAUAUUGCUUAUAAGAAUAAUAGUAAGAAUGACUUAUAA